AGGGGUUAAAAGGUAAUUGCAACUAUUGAUCUAAGCCACACUUCACAGUGAUUCUUCUUUCUCCCGCAAAAUGCACUUCAAUGGAAAACCUUCAGCUUAGCUACCAUUGCCAUGGCCACAAAAAUUCAGAGAAAUCUCGCAGUUCUGUACAAUACAAGACAAUUCUCCGUCGCCGGAGCUUCAUACACCGGUACAACCUCAGCGGCGGCGACGGCGGCGGCAUCAAAGGUCGGAAAUUUAAUCGUGGUCGCUUCAAUUGCAAAAGCUUUGAUAAAGCCAGGAGGAACACGUAACCUAGAAAAGUACGGCGAUUUAAUUCCCUUAUCAGAAAGCCUAGUCCUUCAAGUUCUUCGCCGCAACAAUUUGGAUGCUGAAAAGAAAUUAGACUUCUUCAAAUGGUGUUCUCUCAGGCCUAAUUUCAAACACUCUACUGAAACAUACUCUCAAAUGUUCAAAUGCAUUUGCUAUAGUCACAAUCACCGGGAAGAUGUUUUUGUAUUGUUAAACUCAAUGAAGGAUGAUGAAGUGUUGCUUAAUUCGGCCACAUUUAAGUUACUACUCGACUCGUUUACUCGAACUGGUAAUUUCGAUUCAGCUCUUGAGAUUUUGGAGUUUGUAGAAGGAGAUUUGGAUAACUCUAGUUGUUUAAGUCCUGAUGUGUAUAAUUCUGUACUUAUUGCUCUUGUACAAAAGAAUCAAGUUAAUUUAGCUUUGUCGAUUUUUCUUAAAUUGUUGGAAACUAAUGAUGGGAAUAGCAUUGGGGUUAGUAGUGCCAUUGCGUGUAAUGAGUUGCUUGUUGGCCUUAAGAGGGGUAAUAUGAGAGCUGAGUUUAAACAAAUCUUUGAUAAGCUUAGGGGAGGGAAUGUGUUUCCGUUCGAUAGAUGGGGGUAUAAUAUAUGCAUUCAUGCGUUCGGGUGUUGGGGGGAUUUGUCUAGGUCUUUGAGUCUUUUUAAAGAAAUGAAGGAAAGGGGAAGUUGGUUUAGUCCCGACUUGUGUACUUAUAAUAGCUUGAUUCAUGUGCUUUGCUUGCUCGGGAAGGUUAAGGAUGCUUUUGUUGUGUGGGAGGAAUUAAAGGGAUCAUCGGGGUUGGAACCUGAUGCUUAUACCUACCGAAUCGUUAUACAAGGUUGCUCUAAGGCUUACCUGAUAAAUGAUGCGAUAAAAGUGUUUACUGAGAUGCAGUACAAUGGCAUACGUCCUGAUACUAUAGUAUAUAACUCCCUCUUAGAUGGACUACUCAAGGCAAGAAAGUUGACAGAUGCAUGCAAUUUAUUCCAGAAAAUGAUUGAAGAUGAUGGUGUACGAGCCAGUUGUUGGACCUAUAAUAUUCUUAUUGAUGGCUUGUUCAAGAAUGGGAGGGCUUUGGCUGCUUAUACCCUAUUUUGUGAUUUGAAGAAGAAAAGUAAUAAUUUCGUGGAUGGGGUUAGUUAUAGCAUUGUCAUUUUACAUCUUUGUCGAGAAGAUAGGCUUGACGAAGCACUGAAGUUGGUGGAAGAGAUGGAAGCUAGAGGGUUUACUGUUGAUUUGGUUACUAUAACUUCUCUUUUGAUUGCAAUCUACAGGGAGGGACAUUGGGACUAUACAGAGAGGCUUAUGAAGCACAUCAGGGAUAGCAAUUUAGUUCCAAUUAUUAUCAGAUGGAAAGACAGUAUGGAGGCUACAAUGAAAGCUCCACAGAGCAGAGAAAAGGAUUUUACACCCAUUUUUCCAUCCAACCGGAACUUUGGUGAUAUUCUAGGCCUAGAAAACUUAACAGACGCUGAGACGGAUAUUGCCCUUGGGGCAGAGGAAGCUGAGAUACACUAUCAAGAAAGUGAUCCGUGGUCAUCAUCGCCAUAUAUGGACAUGCUGGCUGAUAAAGUUAGCUCCCAAAGUAAUUCUUCAAGAACGUUCUCUCUUACUGGAGGAAAACGAAUAGACACUAAAAGUGCAGAUUCUUUUGAUAUUGACAUGGUGAAUACCUUCUUGUCGAUAUUUUUGGCCAAAGGAAAAUUGAGCAUGGCUUGUAAAUUAUUUGAAAUUUUCACCGACAUGGGCGCUGACCCUGUUAGUUAUACUUACAAUUCUAUGAUGAGUUCAUUUGUCAAGAAGGGAUAUUUCAAUGAAGCAUGGGCCGUUUUACAGGAAAUGGGCGAGAAAGUUUGCCCUUCUGAUGUAGCAACAUACAAUGUCAUAAUCCAAGGCUUGGGAAAGAUGGGAAGGGCUGAUCUUGCUGAUGCCGUACUAGACAAACUAAUGAAGCAGGGAGGUUACCUUGACAUUGUAAUGUAUAACACCUUGAUUAAUGCCCUCGGGAAGGCUGGCAGAAUCGAGGAAGUAAAUAAGCUUUUCCAGCAGAUGAAAGAUAGUGGAAUAAAUCCAGAUGUCGUCACUUACAAUACACUAAUUGAAGUUCAUGCCAAGGCGGGCCAGCUUAAGCAAUCUUAUAAGUUUUUAAGGAUGAUGUUGGAAGCAGGUUGUGCGCCGAACCAGGUAACUGAUACAACUUUGGACUUUCUGGAGAAGGAGAUCGAAAAAUUGAGAUACCAAAAGGCAUCCAUGAAACGCCCAAAUGUAGAUAAUCCUUUAUGAGAAACAACUGUACACUUCAAGGGAGGGAGUUCAGGAUAAGAAGGUCAACACACUAGCUGUCAAUCAGAUGAGAUGAAAAUCAUAAGAGACUAGGGUAUAAUUCCCAGCAUUGUUAAAAAACGUUAAGUGACUUCUUCCCAUUUGUGUAAGCAUUGGUGAACAGAGUUAUCUGGUACAUGUACUAGAAGGUGGGAUGUAUGUGGAGAUUAUGGCGAGAACAUUGUUACUCUUAUGACGAAAUAGGUAUGGCUUUUCUCAGAGAGAUAAGACUUCCAAUUAAGACGUCAUGAAAUUGAAGGUCGAAGCAAUGUCAAGCAGGCACUCAUCAAAAUGCAAGUAAGUGAAGUACAUAAUUAUAUGGAGGUAUGUAUCAGUUGAUUGAACAGUACCAGCUAUGAACUUGGUUGAAUAUCUUAAUUUGUUUGUACCAUAGAACACAUAUGUAUUUGUGUUGCUUCUUAUUUCUACCGUACUUGCUAGUUUUCCUAAGAGUCAUUGUAUUUACUCAUUCUUUCCCAUUAAGCUCUAACUCUGAGGUUGAGUAAGGUUUGUGUACAUUUUAUCCUUUACAAACCCCA